GCUCAACUGUGUAUACGUAUAUAUGUUACUUAUUACAUGUGCGUGCGUACGUUCGAAUGGGGGAACGAAAGAAUAGAGGAACGAAUGAAUGAACGAAUGACCGACCGUGCGAGUGGUAGUAGUAUUACUAACAGUGGUGGUUGCUGUCGUCGCGGUGGAGGUGGUGACUGCAGGUGCGCGUUGUGUGGAGAUAGAGAGAGAGAGUGAGAGACGAACCAGGAUACCUUUACUUUACGCCACAGAACGGAAUUUACGAGCGGCUUGUCAACUGUUUUGGUGAUUUUUUUUUUUUUUGGCGAUCACACGGAGACUCAUAUAUGUAUAUAUGUUUAUAAAUAUAUAUACUUUUAUAUAUAUUUGUAUUUAUAUAUGUAUGUAUAUAUGUAUGUACAUAAACAUUGUAAAGUGAAAUGCCUCCAUUUGCUUCUUGGGAUUAUUACAACCAGCAGUUUUUGACCUGUCCAUUUGAAGUGUGUCUGUAUAAAACUCCCAGCUAGUCACAAGCUAUAAACAGAUUUUCCUCGUUGGCCUCUAGGGACACUAAUAAGCUCCUCUCCGCCGGGGGAGGCACAGCUGAAGGAAUGGAUGUUGGCCUGCGUGUGACACGUGGUCCCGAUUGGAAGUGGGGCAACCAGGAUGGUGGCGUGGGCAACAUCGGUACCGUCAUAGAAAUAGGAAAACCCGGCAGUGCGACAUCACCAGACAAGACCGUGGUCGUCCAGUGGGAUCACGGUUCUCGCACAAACUAUCGCAUCGGUUAUCAAGGGGCAUAUGACCUCAGAGUCUUCGACAAUGCUCCGAGUGGUGUGAAGCAUACAAGCAUCAUCUGUGAUUCUUGCAAUAAGUCUGCAAUUCAGGGCAUGCGAUGGCGAUGCCUCACGUGCCAUGAUUUCGAUCUGUGUACUGUAUGUUACCAUGGAGACAAGCAUGACAUUAAACACUCAUUCCUGCGAUUUGACACUCCGGCAUCAAAAGGUGUCAAGAUGCCCAAGCGGGCGAGCAGUACAAAAAUGGAGGCCUGGGGGAUAUUCAAAGGAGCGAAAGUUCUACGAGGAAAUGACUGGGAUUGGGGAAAUCAAGAUGGAGGCGAAGGAAAACCCGGAAAGGUGAGGGAUAUCCGUGGUUGGGAUUUAGAGUCAGGACGUAGUGUUGCAAACGUUGUGUGGAGCAAUUCUCAAAUGAAUGUCUACCGAGUUGGGCACAAGGGUAAAGUAGACCUAAAGGCAACCCAAUGUGCCUCUGGUGGCAUGUUUUAUGUGGACCAUUUGCCAGUUCUUGGUGAAUUCACAGAAACGUCAGCUUCAGGUGAACCUACUUGCCAUUUCAAAGUAGGUGACCGUGUCCGGGUGGAUCUAGACAUGGAAAUAUUAAAAGUGAUGCAAGAAGGCCAUGGAGGGUGGAAUCCUCGUAUGGCAGAAUAUAUAGGUCAAGUUGGUUCUGUCCAUCGAAUCACCGAUCGUGGUGAUGUACGUGUGCAAUAUGAAGGAUGUAGUAACAGAUGGACCUUUCAUCCCGGCGCUCUAACAAAGGUUCAACUAUUUGCCAUAGGUGAUUCAGUCCAGAUAAUUGAAGAUAUUCGUAAAGUCAAAGAAUAUCAGAAAGGUCACGGAGAAUGGACUGAUAGCAUGGCAUCGGCAUUAGGUAAAAUUGGUAAAGUGAAACAGGUUUACCCAGAUGGUGAUUUACUUGUGGCGGUGUCUGGUAAAAAGUGGACAUAUAACCCUUUGUGCUGUGCAGUGGCGCCAAAUAGUCCUCUUGAGGUGAAUAACAUUCAUAGUAUGAGUGAUAGAGAGGAAGACCCUGCAUCGCUGACAGAGCUGCUGGAACAGUUAUUGAACAUGAGUCAUAAAGACACACGUCUUGACCAGUUCGUACGAGAAGCUGCUCAAGGACAAAUAGAAAAUAUUCGUGAAGUUAUAACAAAACAUCCAGACAAAAUUGAUCAAAGAAGUUCUGGUAAAACGGCCCUACAAGUUGCCAGUCAUCAGGGCCAUAAAGACAUUGUAUUAAUGCUGCUGGAAGCCGGAGCUAAUUUAGAAUUACAAGAUGAAGACGGAGACACAGCUCUACAUUAUUCAGCAUUUGGUAACCAACCAGAGGUAAUGGAACUGCUGUUGUUGAAGGGAGCCAACAUUAACGCUUUCAACAAAGGUGGCUGUAGCACACUUCAUGUAGCCGUGAAUAAACAGUUUGUCAAGUGUGUCCGGGUAUUACUUAAGCAUUCGACUCCAGUUAAUAUUCAGGUAUGUAACAGCAACAACAUUUUCACGGGUCGAGGCCAAGCACAAUUGGAUAUUCGGAACAAUCGUCAACAGACUCCACUUCUCCUUGCCGUGUCCCAGGGCCAUAUAGGUUUGACGGAAUUCCUGGUGUCAAAAGGAGCGGAAAUCAACGCCGAAGAUGAAGACGGAGAUAUCUGCUUACAUCUGGCUCUCUUGAGGCAGACUGUUGGCAGCGAGAGUGAACACUCACAUGUACUAGAUGGAAUUCGUUCACAACUUGGCUUAAGCGAAGAAGAUGAGCGUUCGGGUGUGGUUGUAGCUUGUUAUCUUGCACAACGAGGUGCAGAUCUUUACCAUAAAAACCACCGAAAGGUUACACCACUCGACAUCAUCGGCGAUUCGAUAUUGGAAGAGAGAGUGAAGAGGUUUGCUGCAAUUUCAAUGGGACAACAAGUGCCAGACCAUAUCGAUGAUCCAAGAAGUCAUAUCAAAGAUUGUUUGCUGUGUUCUGAUAAACAGGCAACUGUGAAGUUCCAGCCCUGUGGUCAUGUGGUGACCUGCGAAGACUGUAGCCUAAAAAUUAUGAUUAAAAAAUGUAUCCAGUGUAAAGUGCCUGUAACUAGCAAAAUUGGAAUUGAUGGCUCCCAGUUCAAUAUUCUCCAUUCAUCACCAAGCUCACUGGAUUCAAAACACCAACAGAUUCAAGAACUGGAAGAACAGAUCACAUGUUCAAUCUGUAUGGAGCGUCGUCGCAACAUGGCAUUCGUGUGUGGCCACACCACUUGCAAAGAGUGCGGGGAAGUGUUGAAGCAGUGUCACAUGUGCCGCAAACCAAUUCAGAAGAAGAUCAUUCUGUAUUGAUCUCCAUCCUGGCCCAUCCCAACCUCACGCAAUCAAUCCUCCCCCACCCUUUUCUUCCUUCCACAAAUCAAUCCCUUUUGCUUUCUCUGGUUUUAUGUCUGUCUGUCACUCUCUCUUUCUCUGUUCUUUUCUUUCUUUCUUUCUUUUUUCCAAACCCCUUCUUCCCACCUUUGACCCCUGUCUUUCUUUGCUCCCUCCCUAUCCCUGUCCACCACCACGCUGCCUCUAAUUAAGUGUUUUUUGUUGGUUUUUUUUUUUUUCUAAUUACCUGUAUGACAUGUGGUGGUUGGCCAGCUGGCCGGCUGGCUGGCUGAGUGCACAGUGAAGCUCGCUGUCAAUCUACACCUCACACUACCACCCUCACAUCAUCCUCUGCUUUUGUGUUUGAGUGGUUUUUGUUUUUUUGUUUUUAAUCUGAUUUUAAUCUUACAAUUCAGUCACCCUUUCAUUGCAGCUUUCACCAGAUUUAUUUCACUCCUUUCAUCCACACCAUUCUAUAUAUACAAAUAUAUAUAUAUAUACAAAUAUAUACACACACACACACACACACACAUACAUGUAUGUAUAUAUACAUGUGCACACAUAUGCACACACACACAUCUUCAUAUAUACAUACAAAUAUAAAUAAACACAUACAUAUAUAUGUAUACAUAUAUAUAUAUAAAUAAAUAUAUAUAUUUUUUUAUAUAUAUAUAUAUAUAUGUAUAUAUACACACACACACACACACACACACACAUAUACAUGUAUGUAUGCAUAUUUAUGCAUGUACAUAAAAAUAUUUUUGUAUAUAUUUAUAUAAAUGUGUGUGCAUGUAUAUAUAUAUGUGUGUGUGUAUACAUAAAAAUAUUUGUGUAUAUAUUUAUAUAAAUGUGUGUGUGUGUGUGUAUAUAUAUAUAUGAAAUAACAAAUAAAUGAGGAAGGUUAUGAGAUCAGAAGGAAGAAGAGACAAAUAAAUAAUAUAUGAUGAAGUCAGACAAGUAAUACAUAUGAUGGAAAAAACCCCAUCAAAAUCUGAAAUGAAAU